CACGUUUUGCACAUGGAACGGGUCGAGGUGACCACGCCACACCCAGCUGACCGACGCUGAGUGCCUGAGCUGGGAGAACGGCUUGUAUAACAGCUGUAUCAGUCACUGGCACCGACAGCAACCAGUUGCGCUAGUAUCGUUCCUUGUAAUGACCAGUACGCAGAGGAGGCGGCGCAUACAGCGGCCUCGUAACGCGACACUGGCCGAGAAAUAGUUGAAGAUAGUCGAACACAGUUUGUGAAAACAAGGGUUUUGCAUGCCCGUGUUUCUGCCGUAGCCAUAUCCCCUUUUGGAGGUAUGAGAGGCGAAUGUUCGGGUCUUAAAAUGGGAUUGUUUUUACACGCUGUCGGCUCUGCCACCCCCACCGAGUCCGCAGCAGACACGAGCCUGCUGCACUGUGAAGGUGUUAACAACCAGAGCUACAUCUGUGAGUCCGGACACUGCUGCGGGGAGUCUCAGUGCUGCAGUUACUACUAUGAGCUUUGGUGGUUUUGGUUGGUGUGGGCAAUCAUCUUCAUUUUAAGCUGCUGCUGUGUGUGUCAUCAUCGCCGCACCAAACACCGACUACAGCAGCAACAACGGCAGCACGAGAUCAACCUCAUUGCUUACCGUGAAGCACACAACUACCCCUCUGUGCCCUUUUACUUCAGGUUUCUGCCAAACUACCUCCUGCCUGACUAUGAAGAGGUGGUCAACCGGCCACCGACUCCUCCCCCUCCCUACAGUGCCUUACACACAGGCCCAUCCUCAGUGGCUUCUAGUCCAUUGGCUUCCGAGCAGCAGCAAGGACACUGUACAGCCAUUCAGGCUUCUCCAGUUCCCCCAGUCUCUGAUAGUCUGUGCUGCAGACCCAGCAUAGAAGAGCCACAACCUCCCACCUUAGACUUAAGGCCAAAGCCUGACAACAAGUCCAUUCAAACAGCACAAAAUUCAGGUGUGAUACUGCUCUCAGAAGAGCUUAGUAGGGAGGGACUCACCAGCCAGGAAAAAAGAAGCGAAAGAGGGGAUGACUCCUGUAAGAACCCCCUGCUUAAGGAUCUCAGCCUGUCAGAGCUUAGUGCUGAGGACAAAGAGCGGCACCCUAGUGGAAGAAGGAGGCGAAUUACAGGUGACUCUGGGAUUGAGGUGUGUGUGUGUGGCACACGUGGGAGCAGUGGUUUUAGUGGAGCUGGAGGUAUAGGCCAGGAAAGCAAAGAGUUAAGGGAGCUAGAGAGUCUUCUAGGGCAUGAGAAAGAUGACGAGGAAGAGGGAGAGGAGGAAUUAGGCGACUUCUGCGACAGCUGCAGCCAUCGGGCCUCCAUCAGUGUGGAGGAGGAACAGGCGCUUGGGGGAGUUGAGAGGCGGGCUGAACGUGGGCCAACAGGAAGUCCCCAGCCAGUUCACCAGAUAAGCAGUGGCUCGCUAAACCCUCCUGUGUGCCUCCUCCUUCACACCAUCAGUGAGCAGGAGGGACCAGCGCACAGCACCAGCACUGAGCCACAGGGCUGAAGCAAAGUUAACACACCUUUGUCACAAGAGAAGGAGAGCACUACACUGUUUUUGUAUUUGAGGAAGUGUUUGCUUUCCAAGUGUCUUUUUUAUGAAUGUGUGCAUCUUAGAUAAAACAAGUGAGGGAGUAACAAGUAGGAUCUCAGCUAAAAAAAGACUGAGAUUCAAAGGUUGAGAAAGCAUGCUCCUGUGUGGAACAGUGGCCUUAACCUGUGUUUUGGGUUAUAUUUGGGCUUUAAGGCCCUUUAUUAUCCUGUGGCAAUUGGGACUUCUCACUCUGCACACACACACACAAUCCUUCAGUUGCCCUUCUCAUACAACACAAGCUGCUGACACAGUCAAAGACAUAAAAGCUGAAGCUGUGAUGUCAGAACAGAACAGGACAGGAUGUUCACUGCCCAGGAUGAAUGCGGCUCCCCUUGUGUUUGCAACAAUUCUGCAAAGCCGUUCUGCAAAGGUAGUGAACUGUGUAAUAACACUCGCAGCAGGAACAUGUUGGACAAGUAUGAUGUGGAAUUACCCAAAGUAUGUGUUUAUGUAAGCUGAUAUUGUACAGGGAUGUCAGAACAAGACUUUGUGGGAUGACCUGUUAGACUCAUGUUUCUAAAGUGCUUUUUCAGCAGUUGAAAACCUUGCUGCCUUUUUGUCUGUUUUUGUUGCUCUAUAAGCCCCACUAGUGAUAGUGAAGUGUAAGUGCAUUAACAAAUCUUCAUGAGAGCAGUUUCCGUUUUGCACAAAUGGUAUUUAUCUUUGACAAUUAAGGCUUGCAAAUGUUUAAGUUUUGUUCAAUUUAGUCUUAAAUUGCAGCAGUUGAUUACUUUCUUACUGUUUCGUUUAACAUGUGAGGAAUGGACUUCUGAAUUGUUAGUAGGGAAUGCAGCAGAUCUGUUUUGUAUGCAGUCAUUUUCAAAAUUAAUUUGUUGAAUCUUUGUAGUAUGUGCCUACCCCCUUAAAAAUGCAUAAUUUUGAUGAACGAUGAUAAGCUUCCAUAAAGUUGAGACUCGGAGAAAGCAGGUACCAAAAACAAGAACUGAAUGUUAAGCUCCAUAGAGAUUAUAAGUGAGAUGGGUAACGUCAGACCUCGAAUUUUGGCGUCAGUCACUUUAAUGGAUUACCAGCUUUACAGUUUAAAAAAAAAAAAAUCCUAACUUUUAAAACUUUUUGUAUUGAAUUUUCAUGUUACCACAGUUUUGCCAUUCUGCAGCUUUGCUAUUCAUACAUGAAACAUUCAUAAUGUCUCCCUGAAGGGCCCAUUAAGCCUAAUUUUAGUCAACUGGGCAAGUGAUUUUUACCAGGGGUUUAUACUUCCAGUCACCUGCAUUUGUACUGUCCAAUCCGAGAAAGGAAAUGCUCCUUCUAAGAGUUACUUUAGUUUUUAUGUUUUCUUCAUUUAGACAUUCAUCCCAUAUAAAACUUAAUCGAAAAAUGAGGAUUUAAUAAACUUAUGGUUGUGAAUGGGAUGUUUAUGGUACAGGAUGUGGUAACAUGUACAAUUUAGAAGCAAUAUGUAUAAUGCUGCACUGCGGUUAGAAAGCAAAGACCACGGGGAAGAGGAAAAACAUUAAAGCUGUCAGUUCCAUAAAGAUGCAUUUUUGAAGAAUCAUUCUAAGAGUUUAAAUGCUGACAAUCUAGCUUUUUAAUCACAGUCUUGCAGAAACUGGCUACUGUAAAUGUUCACUGGUGAUGAAUGUACCAUUGAUGAUAAAAAGUAAAUAGAAGAUGCCUUGUGAGACCCCCAAAAAAGGAAAAAUCUCCUAAAGUACAGGUUAUGCAACUGAUGAGAGUAAACCAUUGUGUCAUGUAACUAUAUCUGCUUGGGGCACCUGCAAAGAUGCACAAAUUGCAUUCUCUACAAAGCACAAGUGUUUCAGCCAUUUGUUUAACAGCUCUAGGAAAAGAUUGUUUCCCAGAAUUUCCAGCACAAAUGAAAGUGUAACUUUCUGCAUAAACAGUUAAGCUGAUUGACAUUUGCCCGUCACAGCCUGGAUACAUUCAAAAGUGCUUUAUCUGUUGAGGCUUUCCGCAAACUAGAUGUCAUUGUGCAAUUGUGGUACAUGUAGUCGAAAGAGGAGCUAUUUUUUCAUAUUGUCUGAUUCUUUUAAAAAUUAACGGAACUGUAUAAAAUCUCGAAACCACUUCAUGUUGCAAAUCAUGUUCAAUAUGCUGUAACAUGUUCGAAAACCAAAUAGUUACUUUAAUAAAUUUUAUGAAAUCAUUAGAUUUAUUUUUAUGGUCAGAUCCUUUUUUUUUUUCUCAUUAUGGGUAUUACUGUUUUCUGUUGAGAAAAGAUUUAACUUCUUUUGACACUUAAACUGAAGUCGUGUGAAGGGUACAUUUGACUAACCUUACAGUAGGUGAUUUGUUAACAAGUUCAGGGGCAUCUCGCCAAAGACAUUUUUCUUUCUUCGUAAGUGUACGUGGUUUUGCACAUGUACUUUGAAUGUUCUAAUCAUAAGCCAUUUAUUAUGACAACUAUGAUGGAUGGCUGUUCAAUAAAAAUGCUUAAUUGUA